CCAUUCUCUCCUCUUUCCUCUUCAUAGCAUCCCUCGCUCAUCCUCACUCUUCCAGGUUGAUUCAUCCGAGUGCUUCCAAAGUGUUCUUGGACUAGAAUCUGGUUUGGCUCAUCCUCAUCAUGACUCAAGUGGUUCCGACUCGUCCGAUUGCUCUGACAGCUCUGGACCCGCCUCCUGCGACCCCACCGACCAAUAGGAAGGCUUCUCCUUGUCGGUCACCCUCCAGUCAGAGGAGCCCCACAGAGUUGUCGGAGGCACUGCGAGAUAAAGAUCGUCGUGCUCAGCAGCAGCUGGAGCGCAGCGGCCAGCAGCGAGAGCACAAGAUGGCGGCCCAGAGGCGUAAGGAACAACAGCGCCGCCUGGCGGCCGAGGAUAAACGACAGCGACAGCAGAAGGCUGAAAAGGAGAGGCUGGAGGCACUGGUACGACGGAGAGCCGGGUGCGGCGCCGAGCGCAGGGGAGGAGGCGACGCCCACGACCAGCUGGACAACAGGCCCAAGCGAUGGACGUGGGGGGGGCCGCCGGAUGGCGUGGAGGGUAACACUAAGAGCCCUCCCGGCCACGCCAUCGGCUCCGAUGUGCUCCCCGCUGCUUCCGGCACCUGCCAAGCCCGUAACGCUUGUGAACUCCUGGCUCCACCCACCCCGUCAGACCAACCAAUGAGCAAGCAGCUGUCCAACUCGUCCGCUGCCCUCCACUCGUUGGAGACAGCUUCUUCCAACAAGCACAGACCUCAAAGAAGUUCUUCCAACCGCAGGAGCAUCGCCGCAUUCCCCGAGGAGACUUCUCGAGCCAAAACGCCCACGGGAGAAGUUCCUGCUGCACCUGUUCGGAGUUCAUCCUUCAGAGCCAACAGUAAAGGUUCUGCUACGCCAAAAAGGAUGCGAGCGAGCAGAAGUCGGGCUCAGUCGCCCUGCUCCCCGGGCCAGUACCCCACCUCCCCUCUCCGGCAGAGGGCCACCACUCCCGUCGGUGAUGACCGGGCUCACCACGGCACCCUGGACAGGAAGUCGGCCAAAUGUGCUGAAAACUCUGACAAGAAGAUGUCAAAAUCUACCAGCAGGGAAUUGUGUGCAGAGUCCCCGGGAACGCCCACGGGCCGCAGCGUUGGUGGCACCAUGGAUGCCGAGGAGGCGUCGCGGCUUCUGGCCGAGCGGCGUCGCCUGGCUCGAAUGCAAAAGGAGCAGGAGGAGCGGCAGCGGCAGGAGGACGAGCUGCUGCGAGCCGAGGAGGAGCGCAAGAGGCAGCAAGAAGCCCGGGAGCUGCAGGAGAGAGCGGCGCAGCAGGCGGAGGUGGAGCGAGCCCGGCGCGACGAGGAGAGGAAGAGCAGGGAGGAGGAGGAACGUCGGCAGAAGGAGCAGCGAUGGAAGAACAUGCAGGAGGAGUUGGACAAAGAGAGGGAGGAGGCCUUCCAACGAGCCCAAAGAGAAGCUGAGAGGAAGAGGACGGAGCGUGAGCAGCUUCAUAUCCAGGAGGAGCGGGACAGGCAGCUGAGGAGGAAGAGAAUUGAAGAAAUCAUGAAAAGAACACGCAAGAGUGACGUGGAAGCUCCGCCUGAUGCUGCAGUGUACGACGCGAGCUCCGAGAUAGCGCCGCUCGUCCUGGAGGAGGAUGCCCCGACUCCUGCCGAGGCACCCGUCAUUCUGCUGGGACCGCUGGAGAGCAAGAGCUGCGUGGACGAGCUGUCGGACGGCGUCCAGUCCAUGGACGUCAGUCCAGUGUCCCGGGACGAGCCGGCCAGCGCUCAGGAGUUCUCGCCGGUGGCGGACGGGCCGGACCGCUGCCCCCUGGGGAACACGAUGGAUGUAGAACCGCAGGCGGCCCCCUUUGCCAAGCUGCGGGCUGGCAGCGGCAUGGGCGACCUUAAUGAGAACCUCCUGAUCCAAGCAUAUGGCAGCACCGCCGCCGAAUCCUCUCCGCUCAUCCACGGCGUUGGCCCCGGCCGGGUGGAUGCGUGAGCGGCUGCACGAAGACUAGUUUUACAGACGCCGUGGAACGUCUUUCAUUUUAGGAGAUUUGCAUCCUCGGUUCUUCAACCGACUGCAGCUGCAGCAGCGAUCAUCAUUUUUCCUGCAGGAACAGCCACCGCUCAUCCUUGUACAACCAGACGGCCACCCCAAAACAUCCCAACGUGACCACGCAUCAACUCCACAAAGCUUUUUCACCAACUCCAAACUUAACUGGUUGAUUUAGCGAUUGAAUGACGACACAUCGCAAUUUGACAAUUUGUAACGUUUCUUAACGACGGGCGGCGGGAUGCCGCCAGCAGUGCCGGGUGGCAGAAAACAAGGUGAAGGCAAGUCAGAAUUUAGGGGAUGGGGUGGGUGGGAAAGGCAGUUAGACAGUCCUAAAUCCAGAGACAAGUUGUAUACUAACGUAUUUAAUUUCUUGUUAUCUCUGUGAUGUUUGAUCUUUGAAAAGAACAACGCCAUCUUUACUGGCGCCCACUUGAAUCGCCUUCCAGCUGGCGCAUUUGUGUAAAUAGCGUAGACAGGAGAGAAAACGUAGCCAGUGGAGAUAUUAGCGCACGCACUCGUUGCUUGCUUUCUCCAUACUGUUGAGCUGGAGCCUGUAGCUUUGCGGACCAGAGUCACUCAAAAUGUCACUUUUGAGAGGCACACUAGCCGCAAAAAAGUUUGAAACCAUUUUUUUGCGAGUAGUGUGCCUGUGUAGUUGUAAGGCACUGAUUAACCACACUCGCUGCACUGUGUAGUAUGCACUAUUAUUACUCGACUUUGCGCUAACCCCCCCCCCCCAAAUAUACCUCAUUCGUGGACACUGGUCACCUCUGAGGCCUUCAACCUCGAGCACCCCUCAAAGUAGGAGUGAGUGAGGAGCGGGCAAACAUGGUUCUACAUUCUUUAGCUUUGCGCUCAUUGUGGCUGCGAGGCCAACAUAAAGUGUCUCCUCUACUACUCGUACGCCGCAGCCUGGUCGAAUAUAGAAUUGUACACGCGAUGCAUGGAUUACUGCAAAAUAGCAUCAAUAAACUUCAUCAAGCUAU